AUUAUACAUUUCAUUUCCGAUACACCAGACCAGUUAUGACGAGACAUUUUCGUCUACUUUUCUUUUUUCAACAAGUCAAAGAUAAAAAUUCCAAUAGCCUUCCACAUCAUACAAAAUCACAUCGCUACUGCUCUAGUCUUGGUAAUGUGUUGUGUUGUGUUACAUGUAAACUGUAAAGCUUGGCUACAAUAAUAUUUCGAUUUACUUUCUUUUCAUUUUGGUGUAAACCUGAAUUGUGGUGAUUUUUUCCUCAAAUUAAUCAGAAAUAUUUUGUAUUCGUAUCGCAAAUAUGAAUAACCCACCGAACCCCAGUACAACAACGUGUGCAAAAUGCGGCCAUUUACUAACGAUCUACAAUUCCGAAAUGACGUACCAGUCUACUUGUGGGCAUUUUUUCCAUCAUCGGUGUUUUCGUACAUUGAUAACCACGAACCUCGCGAGACCUCACUUUUGUCCGUGCUGCAAUGCCAGCAUCACAGCAGACAGUUUCCGGCCUGUACAAGCAACAUUAACAUUACGACCUGAUCCACGAAUGGAGACCAAUGUGCAAACCAGCGUUCGCAGGGAUAUAUUACAAACGCAGCUAAAUUCAUUAUCGUCGGAAUACGCCAUGCUAAAAACGCAGAUGCUUGAACUUUCAGCGAAAUAUACGUUCGCCAUUAGCAACAUAGCGCCUGCACCGCAAAUGGCACCACCUCGCACGAAUUUUCCAACACCCUGUAUACCACCAAUGCCGCACGCUAUUCCACCACCACAAAUUAAUCUACCUACACCGGGGACUUUACAAAUUCAAACACCUUCACGCCCUACUCUACACUCCGAUCAGACCAUCUUACCACCUGCUGUCCGUAUACGUAGCAAUCCUAUCUCACACCAACCGCUGGUACAACCUCUGAUGCAUUCGACGCAAUCGGAAUUUGGUGAUUUUGCCCAUGACGAAGAACAACCAAAAUUGAAAAAGGGUACCAGUGCUGAAAAAGGCGAAUACCAUCGAAAAUACCGUCACCGAUACGGCAUAUCGUCAGCUGCUCUCAAACCAUACUAUCCGCUAAACAGCUAUCCGUAUUAUUUUACCGCAGCUGGCUUCGAAAUCAAAAAACAUGAGUACGUGACGGCAUUCUUUGCAUAUACAGUGUUCCUAAUGGGCGAUGGCCACAUCACCGCUAUAGUCGAACUACUCGAAAAAGGCAAACCAUAUGAUGAUGAACAAGAUUUCAACCUAUACCGUCGUGAUUUACUGCUCUCCGACCUCAUCCGAUACCUACGCACCUUUGAAGUCUUACCGUCUAGAAUCAUGCUCUCCAUUGGACAUUUCGACAUCGCCUGUAACACAACACCUGGCAAAUUCACUGCAUUGAUGAAUAAAUUGUGCAUUUUAUUACAACGUCAUCACGUCGAGGAAUUAAUUAUCGUGCCUCUGUUACCGCACCCUCGCUCCACCUCCACCUAUCGAUCAUUUACUGCGAUUCGAGAUGUCUUGGAUUUUGAUUGGGGUCCCUUAUUUGGAGGCAGAGUAACUCGCAUCCCUCAACUCUUUCGCUCAGUCGUCACUCGUCCGCCUUUUCUCGACGCAAUUGGACCAUUCUAUCCUCCACUCGCUUACAAAGAAACGCUAAAAGCAAUUCGCGAACAAUACAUUCCAGAAACAAAGAAAAAAUCGAAGACUGAAAACAGCGGUAAUGAAUCAACGACAUCAGCUGGGGCACCUGAUUCAAGCGCAGAACAGGAAACACUAUCGAGCCCGGAAAAUAUGGAAUCAAACGACGCUACAGAAUCAUCAACCCCAGGUCAAUUUGAUAAUGCGAUGGAGGAAGAAACCAUCAUUGAAACUUCUCUGGGUCCCUCCUCGCAACCCGCAACACAUAUCGUCUUAAUGCCAGAACAACUCGCCGCAAUCACCGCUAAAGCCAAAGAAAUUGCUAAAAAACUCAUCGCUAAAGAAGAAGCAGCUCGAAAGCUUGCAAAGGAAACCCUCGAAAAAAGGCGUAGAAAACGCGUGAUAAUCCGGAAACAACGACUCCGUGAACAAUAUGCUGCCCGUAAGAAAGCUGAAAAAUUAGCCGCAAAUGACGUCACAAUUAAUCAUCUGGUACGCGAUGAAAAUGCCACCGACCAAGCAGCUGCGCCACCUCCAAUGAUGAUUGAUCUUACUCAAUCGCCAGCGCAUGUUCUCGAAGCCAUCGCUGUAACAACUCGAACUGACCCUCUCUCAGAGAAGAGGACCAAUUAGCGCUUGACUUUGCAUGACAAAGCGAAGAAAUGCUUGAUAUAUGUACCUUCCCCUACUGAAGAAGAAACUGGAGAAACUUCCACAGAAGAGGAAGAAUCCACCAGCGAUUCGGAUGUGAUAAUGCUCAACGAAGGCGAGGAAUAAUUAUGAUCCCCCCUCCCAUGUUAAUAUUCAUAGCGCAUUUGUGCUAUUUUCUCUCGUUGUGAAAAUUAGCAACUUUGACGAUCUUCUCACUAUUUUUACAAUAAUUUUGGUUCUGACCGAAUAGUUAUUUCUUUUCAUUUAUGCUAAUUUUUUUUUAGUUUUAUAUACCUUUCUUAUACUCCAUUUACUCGAGGAUUUUUUUUUUAAUUUUUACUUUAUCGCUGGUGUCGAUUUUACUUAUCGAAAUAUUUUCCAUUUUGCAUCAUGUUUUAAGCGAAGACUUAUUUUUUGUUCAAUUUUUCUAUCUUUUAUUUUUGUUAUUUGUUAUUGUUUUUGCAUUAUUCAUAAGAUUUGCCAUGAGAGUUAUAAAAUUUUGACACACCAUUCUUCCUUUCUCCAGAUGUACCGUCUGUGAGUAAUUAUGGUAUUUGGCCAAAAUAUUUUUUAAAUCUGUUGGUGCCAAUUAGUUUAUUUUCUUUUAUGUUAAUUUUCGCUAACUUUCAUAUACCAGUGGUACUUUUUAAUUUUAUUAUUUUUUACAUUUUUUGUAUACUUACCCAAAAGUUA